GGUACGCUGAACGCACGCAGUUGCAGCAAAGGGAGCAUCGGUGCAUGUUCUCUGGUCGGAGGCGCGAGAAGAAGAAGGUGCACUUCAGCUUGCGUCUCCGACUGCCACGUCAUGAAAACCCCCGAGGUGCUUUUACUCGAAACGCCCACGAAAAUACACGGAUGGAGACGUACCAGCACAAUGGCCGCAAGAUCAUCCAGCUGAUCUUCAAGUCGACCGAGACGGGUCGGAAAACGACCAAGGAGGCGACGACGGGGCCUCGCCUUCCGCCGACGACGAUGUCGUCCAAGCCGCCGCCAACACACCGCGACAUUUUAGUGCGAGCGAGCCCGUCGGCCGCGGAUGUCCGGUUCGAAGACGGGCCGCAACGUGCACUACUCAAGGCCGCCGCGCUCAAGAAGCAAAAGCGCCAUCCUGCGCGACUACCGCCCUUGCGGGACGAGCAGCCUCCCGCGCCGUCACGUAUUCUCAACAACAACAACAACAAUAACAAUCAGCAGUCGACCUCGGAGCUACAUGGCCCGGAAACGAGCUCGCUCGAUUCGCAUGUGCUUCUUGGCGACGACCCGACGUCCAUCACCAUCACCAUUGACGAGAUGGACAAGGUGCUGGGGGACCUGCAGAGCUGGCGCUCGGAGCAUGCCAAAAAGGUCUCUUUGCAGCUUCUCGCCGUCGUCGAGGAGGCAUCUCCGGUGACCAACGACACGGACGGCGACAAUGACGCCACGGACGCUGAGCUCCACAAUCUCUAUAUGAAAGCCAAGGCGCGGUGGGCGACUGUCGACAAAUGGCAGCUCCAAGCGUCGGCGCCAACACCGGGAUUGCCGCCGGCGGACGAAGCCAAAGUGCAAUCGCUUUUGCAAAACUCGAGCAACGUCUCCAAGCUCCAGAAACUCCGUGACGAGGUGUUUCAGCUGCACGUACGCGACCUCUCGCGGCAGUGGCGCGAGUCGCUCAACAACGACCCCGAAGAAGCGGCCUUUGAAGCCAACUUGCUCGAGCUCGAGUGCGGCGUGCAGACCUACGCCGACGACCUCGACGCGUUACUCGCCCGCUUGGACGCGAUCCAGACGUCGGUGGACGCCCAUCAAGACGACACUGCGAUCAUGUCGUAGCGAUGGACGUAGUACAUGGCCUUUCUUUCGCGUGCUUUGCCGGCUCGUUUAUGUCCUUUCUGACUCAGAUGGCGUCCAUAGUCCAUCUGAGUAUGUUGUGCGAAGCAACACGCAUGCGUGUCCAAAGAGCUGCAUAAGGCGUCAACCACAAUCACCUAAUGGACUACACAGCCGUGUCUGUCUCGUCGA